CUUCAGUCUGAUCUGGAUCUGACUCGACUGUUUCUGUCUGUCAAAUCAAACAUGGCGGCCUCCGCGGCUUCGCGUGAGCUUUUCACGAGUGGAGUGAGAGCGGUUCUUCACACGUGGCCCGUUUUACAGAUUGCUGUAGAUAACGGCUUUGGGGGCGUGUACGGACAGCAGAAGGCGGAGUGGAUGGUGGACGUGGUUCAACAAUAUUUCCAUGACAACGCUGACCUGCAGCAGAGUGAGAUCGAGGACUUCAUCGCUGAUCUGAUGGAUCAGGAGUUUGAUACAGUGGUGGAUGAUGGGAGUUUACCUCAGGUGUCCCUCAGCCUCCUGCAGAUGUUCAGUCAGUGGCAGCAGGGGGCGCUGCAGCAGCUCCAACUCAAAGUCAACACCAUGACACAGAAGCGUGAGAGGGCAAAGGUCCAAGCUCCGCCCACAGCAUCCAACAAUGACGGCGACGAUGACGAUGAUGAAGAAGAGACGCAGGUGAUGGAGUGCGAGACGUCCGCGCCGUCCGUCAGCAGAACGCCACCUGCUCCUCCUCAGGAGGAAGAUGACGGCUGGACGGUAGUCGGGAAGAGGAAGUGAUGUGGAUGAACUGUUGAACCUCAGACUGAAGCAGCUGACCUUUGACCUGCUGGAGGUCAGGUUUCACUCACUGUAACUAGGGCGACAGCUCGUCUGCAGGGACGCACGGCGGAGACGCAUAUUUGUUUUUAUAUUAAAGUUGAUAAAAAAAAAACGCCACGUCCUGAGUGAUGUCCUCAAACUCCACUGUUACUGUGACGUCAUCACAGUGAUGACGUUCAUGAGAUUCGUACAUGGUUGUGACAUUUUAAAUGAUAACUUAUCCACGAUGUUUUUGAUUUUCACAUCACUUCCAACACCUCAUUUAACCGUUUUUAACAUUAUGACUUUUUAAGUGUUUGACUUUUUAUGACGUCAUGAAAGUUUGCCGUGUGUCGUCCCAGGCCUCGAUGUUUGUUUUUAUUUCUGGUCACAUGGUUGCUGUGAUGUCACAGUUCAUGUAGAUCGUCAUGUGUGACAACGUUUGCUGUGAUUUGAUUCUUUAUAAAAAGAUUUGAUUUUACGACACAUUAA